CACCUGAGCAUAUCUCUUGCCUUUUAUUAUUUAAACCUCGUGGUGGGGUGGGGUGGGGAGGGGACUCAGUCACUGGACUGAGCCCUUUGUUCUUCCUAAUGUAGUCAGGUUGGAGGAACCAGUUGGGGCCCUGUAUGCAGGACUUUAGAUUCGGAGUAUGUAUCUAUCUUAAAUGGAGUAAGUGUCAGUUUGUAGGUCCAGCGCUGCACACUGCCUGUCAGCAGAGUUCGCUCUUGCUAUGUUCCCGGGUAAUGUUCCAGGGAGAGCUGACUGAUGCAGAGUCCUGGACAAGCGCGGAUUGCUGCGGAACUGUGAGGCAUGAAAAACCAUCUCAACGUUGUAUAUUAUAGAGGAGCCCCGAGGGAAUCGUGACGGAGGACAAUUCAUCGCUUCCCGCCUUGAUCUACCCUUUGGGGUGGACGCGCGGCACACGCACACUCGUGAAGAAGACAUGACGUCAUGCGGGGGAGGGGAAGCGAUCUUCGUUAGGGGGCGGUGAAUAAACGAAGCUUGAAGACAGUUCGUGUUUUCAAUUUUUUGUUAUUUUUCUUGAGACAGGGUCUCGCCUAGCUCAGGCUGGCUGUGCGGCUGGCCUCGAAUUUCUGAUCCUGCUGAUCUCUGCCUCACAAGUGCUGGGCUUGCAGACGUGUGCAGUCAUGCUCCACGAGUCGCUGCUGCGUCCCAAGCAAUCUUGAUUCCUGCCGGACGCCGUCACCCGCUCCCAUUGGCUCCACCCACUCCGCGGGCCCGCCUCCUCUAGCUCCGCCCCUGCUCGGAGGCCCCGCCCCCGUGAAUCAGCUGAUCCGGCGUCCCCUCGCGGUGCGGUCCGGAGUCGCGCCUGGCGGGCGGGAGGGCGAGAGCGCGGAGCUGAGGCAGCGUCAGGUCUUGAUAGAACUUCUGCGGCGGGAAUGAUUUGGUAAUGGAGUAUUCCUCCUGACCGAUGGACUCGAAGAAGAAAAGCUCAGCAGAGGCAGAAGGAUCCAAAGAAAGAGGCCUGGUCCACGUCUGGCAGGCAGGAUCCUUUUCUCUAACACCGGAGAGGUUGCCAGGCUGGGGAGGAAAGACAGUUCUUCAGGCAGCCCUGGGUGUGAAACACGGAGUUCUUCUGACUGAAGAUGGUGAGGUCUACAGCUUUGGGACCCUGCCCUGGAAAAGCGAGUCAGCGGAAGUCUGUCCAAGCAGCCCCCUUCUAGAGAGUGCCCUGGUUGGGCAUCAUGUUGUCACGGUGGCCACGGGGAGCUUCCACAGCGGAGCGGUGACAGAAAGCGGGGCGGUGUACAUGUGGGGGGAGAACGCCGCUGGCCAGUGUGCAGUAGCCAACCAGCAGUAUGUGCCAGAACCGAGUUCCGUCAGCAUUUCUGACUCAGAGACCAGCCCCGUGUUAGCCGUGAGGAUUCUGCAGUUGGCCUGUGGCGAGGAGCACACCCUGGCCUUGUCAAUCAGCAGAGAGAUCUGGGCAUGGGGCACCGGCUGUCAGCUGGGUCUCAUCACCACCACCUUCCCAGUGACAAAGCCCCAGAAGGUGGAACACCUUGCCGGGCGCGUGGUGCUCCAGGUGGCCUGUGGCGCGUUCCACAGCCUGGCACUGGUGCAGUGCCUCCCUCCCCAGGAUCUGAAGCCCGUCCCGGAGAGAUGCAACCAGUGCAGCCAGCUGCUCAUCACCAUGACGGACAAAGAGGACCAUGUGAUCAUAUCAGACAGUCACUGCUGCCCCUUAGGAGUGACCCUGUCUGAGUCCCAAACAGAAAACCACGCCAGCACUGCCGCCAGCCCUCAGACGGACGCACUGGACGGUCCGGGAGAGGUGUUUGACAAUGCUUUGGUAGAAACUGAACUGAACGUGGGAAACGUUGAGGCCACAAAUGGCAGUGCCGUUUCCUCUCAGCAGAACGUGGCCGGGACAGCCGAAGUGUCUUCAGCCAGAACGGCUCCCUCUUACCCCGACACCCAGGCAGCAACUGCGUACCUGCAGAAGCUGUCAGAGCAGGAAGAAAAGCCACCUCAGGUCCAGCCUCCUGUAGAGGAAACUGGCCCUGACCUUCACAGUCCGCCAACCACAAGCACCUCAGCCCUCAACAGCCUGGUGGUCUCCUGUGCGUCUGCUGUCGGUGUGAGAGUGGCCGCCACAUACGAGGCUGGGGCCUUGUCUCUCAAGAAAGUCAUGAACUUUUACAGUGCUGCCCCCGGGGAGACGGGAGCCCAGUUGGGCAGCGCUCCCACAGGCCCAGAAAGCCUGAAAGAUCUCAGAGAAGAGCAGGUGAAACAGGAGUCAAUGCAAGGGAAGAAAAGCUCCAGUCUGGUGGACAUCAGAGAGGAAGAGGCGGAGGGAGGGAGCCGAAGACUCUCCCUCCCAGGACUGCUGUCGCAAGUUUCCCCCAGGCUCUUAAGGAAAGCUGCAAGGGUGAAGACCAGGACAGUGGUCCUGACUCCCACAUACAGUGGAGAAGCCGACGCCCUCCUGCCGUCCCUGAGAACAGAGGUGUGGACCUGGGGGAAAGGCAAGGAAGGGCAGCUGGGGCACGGUGACGUUCUGCCUAGGCUUCAGCCGCUGUGUGUCAAGUGUCUGGAUGGUAAAGAGGUGAUCCACCUGGAGGCAGGUGGCUCCCACUCCCUUGCACUUACCGCGAAGUCUCAGGUCUACUCGUGGGGCAGUAACACCUUCGGUCAGCUCGGGCAUUCUGACUUCCCAACCACAGUCCCUCGGCUUGCAAAGGUUAGCAGUGAAAACAGAGUCUGGAGUGUAGCCGCAGGCCAGGAUUAUUCCUUGUUUCUGGUGGACACCAAAGACUUCCAGCCUGGGCUGUAUUACAGUGGCCGACAGGACCCUGCAGAAGGUGACACCCUUCCGGAGAAUCCCGGUGGUACCAAGACUCCAGUCCUUCUGUCCUGUAACAAGCUUGGGUAUAUAAGCAGAGUAACAGCAGGAAAAGAUAGUUAUCUCGCCCUGGUGGACAAGAACAUCAUGGGAUAUAUCGCCAGUCUCCAUGAAUUGGCUACUACGGAAAGACGGUUUUACUCAAAACUAAGUGACAUCAAGUCUCAGAUACUUAGGCCUCUUCUCAGUUUAGAAAAUUUGGGCACUGUGACCACUGUCCAGCUGUUGCAGGAAGUCGCAAGUCGGUUCAGCAAGCUGUGUUACCUCAUCGGGCAGCACGGAGCCUCGCUUAGCAGCUUCCUGCAGGGCGUGAAGGAAGCCAGGAGCCUGGUCCUCAUGAAGCACUCGAGUCUUUUCUUGGACAGUUACACAGAGUACUGCACAUCAGUCUCAAACUUCCUGGUGAUGGGAGGAUUCCAGCUCCUCGCGAAGCCUGCCAUUGAUUUCCUAAAUAAAAACCAAGAACUCUUACAAGAUUUGUCGGAAGUGAAUGAUGAGAACACCCAGUUGAUGGAAAUACUGAACACACUGUUUUUCUUGCCAGUCAGGCGACUUCAUAAUUACGCCAAGGUUUUGCUGAAGCUCGCCACCUGCUUUGAAGUGGCAUCUCCAGAAUAUCAGAUGCUGCAGGAUUCCAGUUCUUGUUAUGAAUCUCUUGCUCUCCAUCUCGGCAGGAAGAGGAAGGAAGCAGAGUACACGCUGGGCUUCUGGAAGACCUUUCCCGGGAAAAUGACGGACUCCCUGCGGAAGCCGGAGCGCCGACUUCUGUGUGAGAGCAGUAACCGGGCGCUGUCGCUGCAGCAUGCGGGCAGGUUCUCCGUGAACUGGUUCAUCCUCUUCAACGACGCCCUGGUCCACGCUCAGUUCUCCACGCAUCACGUGUUCCCUUUGGCCACACUGUGGGCAGAGCCACUUUCCGAAGAAGCUGGUAGCGUGAAUGGCUUGAAGAUAACCACACCUGAAGAACAGUUCACACUCAUCUCCUCCACACCCCAGGAAAAGACCAAGUGGCUUCGGGCUAUCAGCCAAGCCGUGGAUCAGGCUUUGAGGGGGACAUCCGAUUUCCCACCCUAUGGAAGCGGCAGCAGUGUUCAGAGACAGGAACCACCCAUCUCAAGAAGCGCCAAGUACACUUUCUACAAGGAUCCUCGCCUGAAGGAUGCCACUUACGACGGGCGCUGGCUUUCGGGGAAGCCUCACGGCAGGGGUGUUUUGAAGUGGCCGGAUGGGAAGGUAUAUUCUGGCAUGUUCAGGAAUGGCCUGGAAGAUGGAUAUGGUGAAUACAGAAUCCCAAACAAGGCCCUGAACAAAGAAGACCAUUAUGUGGGCCACUGGAAAGAAGGGAAAAUGUGUGGCCAAGGGGUCUACAGCUACGCCUCCGGUGAAGUGUUUGAAGGCUGCUUUCAGGAUAACAUGCGCCACGGCCACGGUCUCCUCCGCAGUGGAAAACUGACUUCUUCUUCUCCUAGCAUGUUCAUUGGCCAGUGGGUGAUGGAUAAGAAGGCAGGAUAUGGCGUCUUUGAUGACAUCACCAGGGGAGAGAAGUACAUGGGGAUGUGGCAAGAUGAUGUGUGCCAAGGAAAUGGAGUGGUAGUAACCCAGUUUGGGUUGUAUUACGAAGGCAACUUCCACCUGAAUAAGAUGGCGGGAAAUGGAGUUUUGCUUUCAGAAGAUGACACUAUCUACGAAGGAGAAUUUUCCGACGACUGGACCCUCAGUGGAAAGGGAACACUGACCAUGCCAAACGGAGACUACAUUGAAGGUUAUUUUAAUGGGGAGUGGGGGUCUGGGAUAAAGAUCACCGGAACCUACUUCAAACCUAGCCUGUAUGAGAGUGAUAAAGACAAGCCCAAAGCCUUGAAGCUGGGAAACCUGGCGGUGGCCGCGGAUGAGAAGUGGAGAGCCGUGUUCGAUGAGUGCUGGCGCCAGCUGGGCUGUGAGAGCCCAGGCCAAGGGGAGGUGUGGAAGGCGUGGGAUAACAUUGCCGUAGCCCUGACCACCAGUCGCCGGCAGCACAGGGACAGUCCGGAAAUCCUAAGCCGUUCACAGACUCAGACGCUAGAGAGUCUGGAGUACAUUCCUCAACAUGUUGGCGCCUUCUCUGUGGAGAAAUACGACGACAUCAGAAAGUAUUUAAUCAAGGCCUGUGACACCCCUCUGCAUCCACUGGGCAGGCUCGUGGAGACCCUGGUGGCCGUGUACAGAAUGACGUACGUGGGCGUGGGGGCCAACCGCCGGUUACUGCAGGAAGCUGUGAAGGAGAUCAAGUCCUAUCUCAAGCGCAUCUUCCAGCUUGUGAGGUUCUUAUUUCCUGAGCUUCCUGAAGAGGGCAGCACAAUCCCUCUGUCUGCUCCUCUGCCCACUGGAAGGAGGUCCUUCUGCACUGGGAAGUCAGAUUCCGGAUCCGAGUCCCCAGAGCCAGGGUAUGUGGUAACGAGUUCCGGCUUGCUGCUCCCUGUGCUGCUGCCUCGCCUCUACCCCCCUCUCUUCAUGCUCUACGCCCUGGACAAUGACCGAGAGGAGGACAUUUACUGGGAGUGUGUGCUCCGACUGAACAAGCAACCGGACCUCCCUCUCCUGGGCUUCCUCGGGGUGCAGAGGAAAUUUUGGCCAGCAACCUUGUCAAUCCUCGGGGAGAGCAAAAAGGUUUUGCCCACCACAAAGGAUGCUUGUUUUGCCUCUGCCGUGGAAUGCCUCCAGCAGAUCAGCACAACAUUUACUCCGUCAGACAAGCUCAAGGUCAUUCAGCAGACCUUCGAGGAGAUCUCCCAGAGUGUCCUGGCCUCCCUGCAGGAGGACUUCCUGUGGUCCAUGGAUGACUUGUUCCCCGUCUUCUUGUAUGUGGUGCUACGGGCCAGGUAUGCAGGCUUUUCUAUGUAG